AUUCCCCAACCUUUCAUCAGCGCGCGCGCUCAUAUUGAAGCAAGGCGUGGGCGCACUUCCCUGCCUCCCCCUCCCCCCUUACCCUCCUUCCCCCAUCUUCCCGCAUCAACCCACUGUAUACUCCCAACCCCCCCUCAGGUUCCCCAACCUAUCCUCAGUGCGCGCGCUCAUUAUGAAGCGAGGCGUGGCACGCAUACGGCAGCAAGAGGAGGGGGAAGGUGACGACGAGGGGGAGGAAGGCGAAGAGGGGGAAGACGCAGGGGAAGGGGAGGAGCAAGCGGAGGGGGAUGAGGAAGCAGAGGGGGACGAGGGAGGGGAGGGAGAGGCCAAAGAGGUGGAAGCAAGGCAGGGGGGAGCAGCAGAAGGGGCAGGGGGUAGUGGGGCGAUGGUGGUGGGAGAGCCUAGAAAGCCGGAGGCGAUGGUCGGGUGGACGGGGCCGGUAAAUCCAGAGGAGGAGGCCAAGGGGUGGCGGCGAGUGCCGCUCACUGACAACGCUAUUGUUGAACAGGCACUAGGCAGCACAGGCAUCAUCUGUAUCGAGGAUUUGAUUCACGAGAUCGCUACAGUGGGGCCGCACUUCCUGCAAGUGACUGGCUUUCUUUGGCCUUUCCGCCUCGCCGCUCCCAGGGGCAAGUUCAGCAAGGCCGGGUGGUUCAACAAGGGAGGGGAGGCUGGGAAUAGGGGAGUUGAGAUCAAUGACCUCAUUCGCCAAAUGGCAUGA